AAAGAUCCACUGCUCUUUCGUUAACCCUCUCCCUCAGUUGCCCUUUUCUCUUCCUUAAAACCCUACCGCCACCAUUGCAAUGGCUUGCCUCCCCAAGCUCCGAGCUGCCACUGCCGCCGUUUCCGCCUUCGUUCAUCCACUACGGUGCUUAGGAUCCGCGGCUGCUUUGGAGCUCCCCUACGACGAUAAAUAUUACGACUACGAACAAGCUCACUGGGACCGGCGCUCGGCUCAGCCGAAGAUUGAUGUGGAUGGGUCGGCGACUGAGAGGGGAGUACAGUGGGUGCUUAUAGGGGAGCCUGGUGUCAAACGACAUGCUUACGCGGAGAGGCUCUCGAAGCUUCUAGAAGUUCCACAUAUUUCAAUGGGCACCCUCGUUAGACAAGAGCUCAAUCCCCGCUCUUCUCUUUACAAGCAGGUUGCAAAUGCUGUUAAUGAAGGGAAGCUUGUUCCAGAGGAUGUAAUUUUCGCUUUGUUGUCUAAGAGACUUGAAGAAGUUUACUAUGGAGUUGAAAAUGGUUUUAUUCUUGAUGGGAUUCCUCGUACCAGGAUCCAAGCUGAGAUUCUUGAUCAAAUUACCGACAUUGAUCUGGUAGUGAACUUUAAAUGUACUGAAGAGUGUAUGUUGAAAAGCUCAGAAAGCGAGGUUCUUCACAUAGGCAAUUCCAAAGAUGUAGGAAAUUCCUGGAAGAAAAACGUCCGUGUGUACUCAGAGCAGGCGAAGUCGGUGGAGGAUUAUUACAGUAGGCAAAAGAAGCUUCUCAACUUCCAGGUGCCUGGUGCACCAGCAGAUGCAUUGCAAGGUCUUUUGGCUGCGCUACAUCUCCAGCAUAUCAAUGCUCUCACUUCUUCACAGAAGCUGACGGCGUAAACGUUGAUAUUCUUUAAAACUAGUGAUAUCCCGUCGCUAUUCUUUAAAACUAGUGAUAUUCUGGCGUCGUAGUAAGCAUGUAACUAUUGAGUGAUAGACGAGUUUUUGAGUGUGGCGAACAACCUAGUUGGAUACUUGGAUUUGCCUUGAAGUUUUGUUUCCCUUUUGUGAGUUACUAUGCAGUUGGAAAGUAUGUAAUGCACUUUUUGCUAGGAGAACAGAUGAUCAUUGACCUAUAUAGUAUCUUAGGGUGCGUUUGGUUCACGGAAUGUAAGAUUACCAGUGGGAAUAAAAGAUUACU